UGUGGCGAUCGCUAGAACUUGAGAGUGUGCGCGGCCUGCAGGGCCUGUUCAACAGCGGUGCAACGGCAACAGUUCCGGCCAUCCCGGCGAUGCCCGCCGUUCCGCUGCUGCCGCUACAUUAUUAUAUGCCGCUACCAUAGAGAAAGCCGCUACCCUCGACCAGCAGCUUCACCAGGCUUCACUCCGCCAACUCGCCUCGCUCCGCUGUCUUGAGUCUGUGCUUGGCAAUCAAGAGGUAGUGAAAAUUGGUUGUAGCAUUGCCUCCUCUAUGCUUUAGCUAUCCAGUGCCUCUAUGCUUUAGGUAUCCAGUGGUUCUGCGCGACGAACAAUCGCACAGGUGUUGUCUGCAAUUUUUUCUGCUGUGGUAACGGUGUGGACGUUGGCAAACAUGACAAGUUCGACUCAGCGACACAUCAAACCAUCCUUGGACGACUUACCUAAACGCUUUGUGGUGGCCAUGAAGACUUUAUUUGAUAUUAUGGACGAUCAGAAGGCUGGUCACAUCAAUAUCAAGGAUAUAGAGGCACGCUGGGCAAGUCGUCGCGACGACAAUACAUCUUCGGUUGUUCCUAGUGGCGUGAUCGAGUCCCUGCAGAAGGUCACUCCGCCGAAUGGUCAGCUGACGUUCGAGCGCUUUUGUGCUGGGCUAAAGAUCUGCUUGCUCCGUCAUCGGGUGUCGAACCACCGCCAGCCUGCCCAGCAGGGCGUUCUGCAAAGACAUCGCAGCGUCAUGCCGCCCGCACCGCCACAAACUCUGGGUCAGGUCACCGAACCUAGAGGACGGCCUUCGUCCGUGCCGCUCCCUGACCGUGUCGAAAGGUCAAACGGGCAAGGAAAUGCCCUUUCAAAGCCUUCGGCCAAGGUUUACGGUGGCUCAGACCGGUCCCUUAAUAAGUUGUCGGCAGUUCGGCCGCCUUCCAACACGGCGACGGUACGGCCCGGUGUUGUGGCCACGCACCAGAGAUCCGUAAGUGUGCCGCACCUCCAAAACACGACGGGUGCCGAGCCGCCAAGGAUGUCUAGCGAUCCACGUCGGGCCCCCACGAAUGCUCGGGAGUUGCCAAGCAAGCUAAGGGGUUAUCGCAGUGACAACAGGCUGCACCACGGGCCUCAGCAAGCUUCGGCGGAGCCCUCGGGGAUAUUGAGAUUCAGCCGGGUACGCAGCAAAACUCCCGAUUUGAGUUCCGAGCUGGCCAAGAGUCAACCAACGCAGGCCCACAGGCGCAAUCCGGAUGCACUAAAGGAGAACAAAAACCCUGAGCAGGGCCCUGACGAUAACGCGAGCUCAUGCAAAGCGAAAAGUGUUCUGCCAGCUGCACCAGCUCACACAGCAACACCAGAGCGCAAGUUUCCGAAGAAGAAAGAACCGCGUAGGCACACACUUGGUCACGGAAUAGAGUAUAACAUGCUGCGGCGUAUGAAGCAACUAGAGCAUGAAAAGGAUGCACUCCAACAAGGUCUGCAGGCCAUAGAGCAAGCUAGAGAGUGGUACCAACAGCGCAUCAGUGCUGUUCAGGAAAAAAUCCAGCAAGCUGGAAAGUGUCAUGCAACACCAGAGUAUUCCAUGGAUGCCCAAGAUGAAAGACUGAGAUUUCAACUGGCAAGAAUCUUGGAUGCUAACCAACAUCUUAAUGCGUUGAUUGACAGUUCAGACAAGGGCUUCCCAACGCACAUGAACUUGGCUGUCCAGCCGCCACCCUACGACAUUCAUCAAAACUCCAUAGUUCAGCGGCUGAAAGAGCAAAACCAUCUCUUAACUGAGGAAGUGAGCCAGAAAAGUGAAGUGAUUGCGCAGCUGGAAAGAGAGAAAGCAGUGCUGAUACGGGAGCUGUUCCAGGCUCGAUCACAGCACAGGGCUGCUGUUGAUGAGACGACUCUCAUGUGAAUGUACAUCUUUCGCUUUACCUGCUUUCUUCAGAGGGCUGUUUGCAGUGAGUGCCUCUCUUGCGAAAGGGCUGAGAGGCGUAAACCAUUGCAUGGGACCUACUGGGACACAUGCAGGCAACAGGGUGACAGCAAGGAUUUCAUUACAAACAAACAAAUCUUUCCUCUUGUCACUGAAGUUAUGCUGAACAUCGCUCUACCUGGAUGCGGGUUUGCUUUGCAGUUGGUUAUACUGGAACAGGUCGGAUAGCAGUGGAGAGAAUCAACUUUUAGAGCAGCCAGUCGUUAAGCCACUGCCAUCAGACUUGUAUCUUUGCAGGUAGCAUACACAGUGCACUUUCACCCUACUUUGCCCUGAACCUCAGUGGCAUUUCUUUGCCCCUGUGUAACAGAGGUGAUUGCAACCUCUACAUGUCGCAUUGAGGCCACCAGUGGCACUAUUGCUUUUCAGGUUACAGUGUGUUGCCAAAUAUGAUAAAAUAUAUCGCUGAGCAUACUGACGUCUACUGUGGAGCAAGAUUGUUUUGUACCACCAGAGCAAAAGUUGUUCCAGCUCCCAUGAUAUUGACACCCACUGUGCUAUUGCAUUAAGCAUUGACGUAUUGCUCAUGCUAUGUGCACACUCACUGCACAAGUUGUGAUUUCCUCCUGGUGUGGGUGCGCUGUAAGGGGAUCUGCAGCACCGAUGCAGCUGUUUCUUUGUCUUCCUCGUCCUCUCAUCAUUUGAUGUCAAUGCUUAGUCCAGCUUGACGCAGCACGUGCAAUACCUGCAAUACUCUACCAGUCAUGAAAGGCCGUACUGCACUGCUUUAUUUUUGUUUGCUGUUGCACAAAUGAAUGUGCUCCACUCUCUCCUUUAUAAAUGGUUGAAAGUGAUGAGUAUUCUGCGUGAUCCACUUGCGUGCUGCUUUAUCCCCUUCAGUCAGGAAUUACAAUCGACUCUCGAUAAAUGUGUGAAAUUCACAUAAUUUUUUGCCAAGGUGCUGGAGAGUCCAUAGAAAGCAAGUCAAGGUGGGGUGAGAAUGACUCUGUGCAUUUUAUAAAGACCCAUCAUAAAAGGUACUAAUUAAUAAUAAUUUAUUGCUACGUUCAUAUGCUUAAUUUAUACUUCGUUUCUUCAUUAGAAAUAUUGAAUGGCUCGGUCGAAUGACAUGCACAGGUUGAUUAUGGGGUGCAAACAUUACAACAAGGGGGGAAAAAAUCUUUUGCAAGUAGUACUAGCAAAACACCCCAUUUCAGUCGUCCCGUCAAACACGGUAGUGCAUUCACCAAAUCAGACGUCUGAAGCAAUACAUCUCACUCAGAAGUGAAAUGGGUGUACUUUAAGAAAACAAUGUUCCUAUUUACUCAAAGUUUAAUGUUCAUUGUCUAUUCUUUGCAACCACUCCACAGUAAUGACAAAAGUAAGUCCUGUCCACAAAUGUGUAUGCCGUGACUUAAGGGGUUAUACAAAGAAAUAUUCUGAUGAACCAAAAUGAGAGGGAGGUCAAAGAGCAGUGCUGCAUCGACCCCUUUAAACGGAAACUGUAACAAUACUUGGAGGAUCACUAAUAUAUGAAACUUAAUUGAGUUGUUUUUUCUGCUGCAGUGAGUUGCCACUGAGCAAUUAUUCGUAUUAUGGAACCUUGUUUACUUCAGCACUAAGAAUGAUCAAUUAUGGCCUCCUUUACUGUAAUCAUUCUGUGUUUCAAUUUAAAAAAAGGACAAUGCAACAAGUGCCACAGAUGUUUACAGACUGCCUGGUAAAUACAGCAAGGUUAUGAAAUGGUAUAACAAAGCACUGACAAGCAUGGCACCCAUCCACAAUGUGCUGCAGAAAGCACAGAAGGGAAACCAUAAAUAGCUUGUCAAGACGCUUAAAGGGACUCUCCAUCAUUUUUCAAGGACUUGCUACUUUGCAGCACAAUGGGAAGCCUGCUGUUUGAAGUGCCUAAAAUGCAGUAGUUUCUCUGGAAAGCAAGCAGAAAUUUUCCAAACAGACGUUUUCUAUCUGCCUAAUCUCCUUGAAACUGUGUAAGUACACCCACAGAACUGAAUAUUGAUCACUAUGGAAUAGCCAUACCGGUAAAAGUGAGGAACUGGAAGCAUAUGGGAGUUUCCACAGGAAUGAUUACUUUGUGCUAAACACUGAAAUACGACCUUAAAGAGACCCAUAAAUAAUUUUUGUCAAGACAUGCACUAGUUGUUUUAACUAGACUAUAGAAG